UUUUCUUGAAACAAUUUUUCACGUGUGCUAAUAUGCAUAGCACCUACUACCGUAAAAACGGAGGAAUGGAUAAUGAGAUGGACAAAGUAUUGGGGGCUUGUGAUGGUGGCGAUGCUGGUAAGCACACCUGCUGUCUUCGCAGUCCAUGAUGAAGCUAAGGGACCUGAAAAAUUUGGUCGUUAUGAAUUUCAAGGAGCAGGACAUCAAAGAAGCAACAGAUGAAUGUGAUGCCGGAGGCAAACCCGGACCCGAAUUUGUGCCAACGGUUCGGGACAAAGAACCCAAUUUGGCACUACUCAAAGAUGCGAAAGGGGAAGCCUCUUCGCAGCUGGAGGGAUGGUGUCCUCGUAGACACUGUACCGAAUAUCUCAAUGACGGUUUUUACAACAACUGCCGGAGCUGGAUUAUCGGUGCAAUACCGGGUUGGGCACAGAUCGAUAUGGGUGAUGUAGCCAAUGUGAACCGCAUUUACUUCGCCAGCGAUCAUUCGCAGGGAUUUCUUGAUAGGACAACGGCUGACUUUGAUAUCCUUGUCGCAACCUCGAAAGCGGAUCCAAACUCCGAUGCGGGAACGUGGACAAAGGUUUACACCCACAAGGGAGAUCCAAUUAGUGAAACCACCGAGUUUACCUUCAAAGAUGUAGAG